CCCCUGUGAUAGAGCCUGGGGACAUUUAGUGAUACCAGGGGGUGUGCAGUUUGGACAGUAACCCAAGCCAGUACAAACACAGCCCAAAUAUAUCCACAGCCACUCUGUGGUUGGGGAUUGAGCAGGCAUCUGGAUGAAGACUGGCGCUAGAGUAAAGACCAAAGAAUAACAGACGGAAAGAAAGUUUAGGAUCUUUGUUUUAUAAACUGACAGGUGUCCAAAACUCAGUUUGGGAUGAACUUCAGUUUGGGCUUCAAACCAGCGAUGGGAGACUCAAGUUCAGUGGAGAACUUAGAGAAGCAGCUCAUUUGUCCCAUCUGUCUGGAGAUAUUCACCAAGCCUGUGGUCAUCUUACCCUGCCAGCAUAAUCUCUGCAGGAAGUGUGCCAAUGAUGUUUACCAGGCCUCCAACCCUCUUUGGCAAAACCGGGGUCCUGUUUCUACAGGGGGACGUUUCCGCUGCCCAUCUUGUCGUCAUGAGGUGAUAUUGGACCGGCACGGUGUAUAUGGACUUCAGAGGAACCUGCUAGUGGAAAACAUCAUCGAUAUCUACAAAUCAGAGACUACCAGGCCACUCCUGCCCAAAACAGAGCAACAGCAGCUGAUGUGUGACCAGCACGAAGAGGAGAAGAUCAACAUCUACUGCCUCACCUGUGAGACACCAACAUGCUCCAUGUGCAAAGUGUUCGGGGCUCACAAGGACUGUGAUGUGGCCCCGCUGCCAGACAUCUACAAGAGACAGAAGACAGAGCUAAGUGAUGCCAUAGCCAUCUUGGUGGCCGGAAAUGACAGGACACAGGCCCUGAUAUCACAGAUGGAGGAUAUUUGUAGGACUGUCAAGGAAAAUAGUCACCGUCAGAUGCAGUACAUCUCUGAUAAGUUUGAUGAACUUUACGCCAUCCUAGAAGAGCGUAAAAGGGACCUAAUAGAGACUGUCGGCCGUGAGCAGGACCAAAAACUGGGCCAUGUACGCUCCCUCAUCCGUCAACACGGAGACCACUUAGAGAUGUCAGUCAAACUUGUGGAGACAGCCAUACAGUCCAUGGAAGAACCUCAGAUGGCUGUAUUCCUGCAGAGCGCAAAGGAAGUGUUCAAGAAGAUCACAGACACUGCCAAGGCUUCCAACAUUGAGCGGAUGGAGGCAGGCUACGAGAGCAUGGCCCACUUCAUCAUCAACACGGAGGAUGUGGCCGACAUGCUGAGAGGCAUCGACUUCCAAACAGGUGAAGAUGGGGAAGACAGCGGUGAUGAAGCCCCUGAAGACCUGACCACCUCACCUGGUCAGACUGGUGAUUCAGAAAGACACUUAUAACUUAUUUUUAAACCCAAGGGUAUUUCCUGUGCUGACUUAAGAGGGACUAUAAGGAGGAGGUUUUCUUUAAUCCUUUAAACAUGGCAAGCGCUUCUUUCAUCUGGUGUUUUGUGGUCCUAAAACUCUGAGCUGUAGUUCAGUAAGAGGAAUUACAAAUUUCUUUGUAGCUUCUACAUCCUGGAUGUUUAAAUUUAUUAUGCUGUUUUUGGUCUUUUUUGAUCUUAAAAUGAGCUGAGAAUAUUGGAAAGCAGAAAACAUUUGUGGUUUGUCCACUCCAAAUACACGCUACCAGUCAAAAGUUUUUGAACAGUAAGAUUUUUAAUGUUUUUAAAGACGUCUCUUCUGCUCACCAAGCCUGCAUUUAUUUGAUCCAAGUACAGCAAAAACAGUAAAAUUUUGAAAUAUUUUUACUAUUUAAAAGAACUACUUUCUACUUGAAUAUAUUUUAAAUUAUAAUUUAUUCCUGCGAUUUCAAAGCUGAAUUUUUAGCUCCAGUCACGUGAUCCUUCAGAAAUCAUUCUAAUAUUCUGAUUUUGUGCUCAAAAAACAUUUAUUAUUAUUAUUAUUGUAUAGAAAACAGUUGAGUAGAAUUUUUUCAAGCUUCUUUAAUGAAUAGAAGGUUCAAAAGAGCAGCAUUUAACUGAAAUAGUAAUCUUUUGUAACAUUAUAAAUGUCUUUAUUAUCACUUUUGAUCAAUUUAAAUCAUCCUUGUUAAUUAAAAGUAUUAAUUUCUAUAAUCCCAAAAAAACAAAACAAAUAUAUAUAAAUAGUAUAUUUUUUUAUAUAUAGUAUAUAAAAAGUAUAGUGUAUAAUGUUACAAAAACUUUUUAUUUUUUAUUUCAGAUAAAUGCUGAUCUUUGGAUCUUUCUAUUCAUCAAAUAUUCCUGAAAAAAUGUACUCAACUGUUUUAAAUAUUGAUAAUAGUAAAAAAUGUUUCUUAAACAGAAAAUCAGCAUAUUAGAAUGAUUUCUGAAGGAUUAUGUGACACUAAAGACUGGAGUAAUGAUGCUAAAAAUUUUGCUUUGAUCACAGGAAUAAAUUACAUUUUAAAAUAUAUUCAAAUGGAAAGCAGUUAUUUCAUAUAGUAAAAAUAUUUCACAAAAUUACUGCUUUUGCUGUAUUUUGGAUCAAAUAAAUGCAGGCUUGGUGAGCAGAAUUUCAAAUCUUACUGUUCAAAAUCUCUAUAUGUGCAAAUUACCAUUCAAAGGUGUCUGUAUUAUUUUUAAAUAGUGCAGACUGCAAUUAUUUGAUUAAAUUUGCAGUAAAAUAGUAAUAUUCCAAUUUAAAAUAAUUGUUUUCUAUUUUAAUAUAUUUCAAAACAAUUUAAAUAGCUGUAUAU